AAACACUCUUUCUGUUGAGGCAGACGAUACGUUCAGUAAUGGAGCAGAACAACAAUGUAGAAGAUUUCUCCCUGAAUGUAUUUUCUGUCACUCCUUAUCAGCCUAACAGAUCUGAUGUCCUGGUGUCAGAUGGUGAUAAAGCUGGUGCCACUUUGCUCUUUUCAGGUGUGUUUUUGGGGCUGGUGGGGAUCACAUUCACUGUGAUGGGAUGGAUAAAGUAUGAAGGCAUUACUCACCUGGAAUGGACUCAGUUACUAGGGCCUAUUCUGCUUUCUGUCGGGGUGACUUUUAUUCUGAUUGCUGUUUGUAAAUUCAACAUGCUUACGUGCAAAUCCUGUAAAGAAAGAGAUGAAAAUACAUCAGACAUUGACCAGAUGGCAAGUGGGCAGUCUUUUGUUUUCACUGGAAUUAACCAGCCUAUAACUUUCCACGGUGCUACAGUGGUACAGUAUAUUCCUCCACCAUACCCAGCCCAGGAAGGCAUUGCUGUGAAUCCAGCCUACCUUCACCCCGUGCUCAGCUGCUGCGGUGCUGGUUCGCCCGGUGCCUCACCAAUUCCUACUCCAGACUCUCCUCAGUUCUGCCCUGCCUACACUCUCGAUAACCCAGCUUUUACACAGGACGAGAACUAUGCUACUUAUCUGACAGCGGACACAAGGACUCAGAGGUCAGAAGAUAGUUCUGAUGAGCCAGAAGAAUCGCUAGAAGACUAUGCCUGCGAUGACCUGUCCCCUCCCCGUUAUGAGGAAAUAUACCCACUGUCUUCAUGAAGAGUAUAAAAUAAGGAUGGACAAUGGACUGCACUUCUAAGAGAUGUCAGCUUUUUAGUUCCCAAGUAUCUUUUUUUCUAAACACUUGCAGGCUAAGCAAGUGUGAACAAGAUCUUGGUCCUGAUACAGAGUUCAGUAUCACUGAAGACAUUUAACCAACUCCUUCUCACAUUUAACCAAUCCCUUCUUUUUCUCCCUCAGAAUUCGCUAGCCCUUUGCUAUGCAGCUUAAUAGCAAAGCUAUUACACUCAGGGACCUAAAUCCAUAUUAGGGUUCCUAAACAAGGAGCCUGAAUUUCAGACCUACUGAAAUCAGUGUGAGCUGUGAAUGCACAAGGGGUUUGUAGAAGGUCAUGAUUGCUCCUCAUCAUUAGAAACCACUUGAUUUAUUCCUGAGCUAUUUUGCCUCUUAAUUGCUUGGGAAAUUUCAGAAGUGCCCAAAGGUUUGAUGUGCCAAAGUGCCUAUAACAUCUUAAUCCUGUCUAAUUCCUCAGCCUAGCUCACUCACGAGUAAGCCCAGUACACAGAUUAGACUUCCUCUGCUUGGUUCACCUGCAGGACCCAGUCAGGUAUGCACCCCGAGCUCCCUGAAUGAAUCAGGGCAUCCUACAAUAGAGAUUAAGCAGAAAUUGUGCCCUCGGCCCAUUUUUACACGGACAUCUACGAGAUUCCGCAUGCAUCCAAAAUGCAGCCACUACAAAUUCAGUUCUGUUCCCUGCCCGAUGGGAUGUAAACCCACCUCCCAGCAAGAAUCUUAAUGUUUAUUAGCUUAAUGCCCUAAAUGAAAACUGCACCUUCCUGAAGCCUUGACAGAGGCCUGUGGUCCAACCAGUUCUGAGGGCUUUAACAGCCACAACUCCUGUCUGCUGCACCCUCAGUGCAGAGCAACAGCUGUGGUGCAAGCCCUCUUGAGGGCUCUUCUUUUUUGCAUGUGGGGCGUAGGCACACAACUUGGGACUGCAGGUCCCCCUAGAGCAUCCAAGUAACUUCAUCCUUCAGUGAACUUUCAUGUUCAAGUUCUCCUCUCAAGACCAGUAUGGUUCCAGGCACUGUAUCCACAAAUGGAUUUGCAGCCAGACCCAACAAAGGAUGGAGCUCUAAAAUCUUACAAUCCAGAGUAGUGGUCCUGAAAAGCCUUGCUGAGGUGGUCUAAAUGCCAGGGCAAUGAAAAUGUCAUGAGUCUUUUCAUUUUUACUUUUUAUUUCCACACAUGCCUAAAGUUCAGCUUUUGAGUGUGUCUAGAAGUGCCCUGACACAGCUGCACAAGCCAGUACAUACUGUGUGCAGGAGCCCCGCAGGUAUUUCCUGCCUAUCUCCCUUGAAGGGCUCAAGCCAAACGCUGCUAGAGGGCAAUGGUGACAGUGCAAAGCAAGGGAGCUGUGCUGCCGGUGUGCACUCAGGCCAGUCUCCUGGCUUUGAAUAGCACAGCUGAGGGCAACAAUCAAUUUCUGAACACGUGAACUUUCUCUUAUUUGCCAACACAACUGUUUCAGUUCCAGCCAGUUGUCGUUAAUCUGUGAGGACUUCCUGCACUCAGAAACAAAGUGCAGCCAGAAAGGCCCCCUGGAGCUAACACGCCACAGAGCCCAGCACACCCGGACGCGGUCUGUGAACGCUCAGGCGCUUUGGGCUGGAGGAGUCUGGUGCUGAGAGCACGCAGGCAGAUACGGGACCUAGCUGGCUGCACAGCUGGAACCCACUGAGUGCCCACGCAGCCUCACUAGCCAUCAGGAGACACAGCUCUGGAUGGAGGGAUGCAUUCAGACCGUGCGCCAGCUGCCUGGAGCUCCAGAUGCACACUGACCUCCCUGUCCUGCUUAUUUAGAGCAUGUCAAGAAAUUAAGCCUUUUUGGAGGGGCGCAAGAAACAGCAAGCUGCUAGAGUAAGUGCUGUGCUCGCCAGUGCUGGAAAUGACACCAAUAGAGGUUAUAUUUGGGACAGGGCAUUUAAACUGACUCAAAGCUGGAUUAGCAACGGUAGCAGCAUCUACCAGACAGUGAUUAUUAACCAAGCGCAAGGUUUUUCUCACUAGAGGAAUAUGUGGCAUAAAGAAUUCAGCACCAGUAAGGCCUGGUGUUAGUGGGCAGCCUGUUAGCUGGAAAAAGGCAGGUACUCUGUGUUCAGCAUGAUCUCCACGGGAUUAAGUGAGAGAUCAGCAGGUCUAAAAAUAAAUGCAAGGCUCUCUUGUGAAAUCUCCUGCUCGUCUUCCAGACUUUACACAGAGGUGAACUCAUCCUCUGCAGCAGGAAACUGGAAGGUCCCAAAUCCCCAGUUAGUUCCACAUGGACAGAUCCCUGCACUUAGUACGUAGUUUGCUGACUCCAGCGAGUGCUGCAGGAGCACAGAGGUCAGGCUUGAUGAAUCCAAUUGCAGGAUCUAAUUUUCUAUCUAAUCCCCCUCCCUUGCAACAAGAAAAUGCCUUCAGUCACAAACCACAGACUUUUUUUGCUGUUUUUUUUUUUUUUUUUUUUUUUUUUGCAAAUGCAUGGAAAGGCAUGUUUCAUGGGGUAAUCAUGGCUUUAUUUUUAUGAUGUCAAAUCAUGUUGUCAGGGCAAAUGUGAGAAAUCCAGAAGGCUGCACUGCACAUUACAUAUGGGUUUUAAAGUUUACUUUUGUAGACACUAAGUUCAUUGAAAGAGCCUUGGGUUUCUUUUUUAGAGAGAAAGGUGAAUAAAUAAAUUUAAAUAAUUAUAUAUUAAAACAGUCUUGACCCAUCAGAUGAACUCCAUCCCGAUUCUAUAGGAGUGCUUUAGUGCUGUAUAAUUAUUUGAAAAAUUCCAGCCUGAUGACAUUUCUCUGCCAUUCUGAUUGCCAAUUAUUGUUUUUAAGAAUAUGGCAAUAUUCUGUGAAAGCUUUUGUUUCUCCUCUUCCUUCCUCCUUCCACUUUCAUCUUUUCAUUUUAACACCUUUUAUCUCUAGGCUUGUUGUUUUUUUACUGUAUCCUCCGUGAUAUAACUGUCACAUUAAUUCAACUCUGAGCACUCUGACCGCUUAUUUGUCCUACCAGGAAUGAAAGAAUAAACAUAUUUAGCCAGAUCUUCAACCCA